CGCGCGUUUCUCUCUUUCCGUGCGCAUUGUAACGCGCGGGUGGCAAUAGGAGGUGGGUCCCGAUCGCCGGGAGGCCGUUCCAGAUUCCGCGCGAGCAAUUGGCUGCCCGUGAACUUCGUUUGCCCCCCGGGUCACGCACGCCACGCACUCGGGAUGUCUCGGGAUCGCCGGUGCGCGGAAGAUUAGCGAGGUCGUCCACGCAGCGCGCAGCUCACACACACACGCACAGAGAAAUUAACGGUAACCGGAGAGAUGGCGGAGAAGCGGAUGUCGCGCUGGUAUUUCGGCGGGAUCGCGUCGUGCGGGGCCGCCUGCUGCACGCACCCGCUGGACCUGCUCAAGGUGCACCUGCAGACGCAGCAAGAGGUGAAGAUGAGGAUGGUCGGCAUGGCGAUGCACGUGGUGAAGAGCGACGGCGUCCUGGCGCUGUAUAACGGCCUGAGCGCGUCCCUCUGCAGACAGAUGUCGUAUUCUCUCACCAGGUUUGCCAUCUAUGAGACGGUCAGAGACAUGAUGGGCAGCGGCGGUCAGGGACCCAUGCCCUUCUAUCAGAAAGUCCUGCUGGGAGCGUUUGGAGGCUUCACCGGCGGCUUCAUCGGGACUCCGGCUGAUAUGGUGAACGUUCGGAUGCAGAACGACGUGAAGCUUCCUGCGGAGCAGAGGAGAAACUACAAGCACGCGCUGGACGGCCUCUUCAGGGUCUGGAGGGAAGAGGGGACCAGGAAGCUGUUCUCAGGAGCCACUAUGGCGUCCAGCAGAGGAGCCCUGGUCACUGUCGGGCAGCUGGCGUGUUACGAUCAGGCCAAGCAGCUGGUGUUGGGCACAGGACUCAUGGGAGAUAAUAUAAUGACACACUUCCUGUCCAGCUUCAUCGCUGGAGGUUGUGCGACGUUCCUCUGCCAGCCGCUGGAUGUAUUAAAGACCAGAUUAAUGAACUCUAAAGGGGAAUACAGAGGUGUGAUCCACUGCCUGACUGAAACCGCCAAACUGGGACCACUAGCUUUCUACAAGGGUUUAGUUCCGGCCGGGAUCCGCCUGAUUCCUCACACGGUCCUGACCUUCGUCUUCCUGGAGCAGCUGAAGAAAUACUUCGGCAUCCGGGUGAUCGGCUGAACUUCGACCUCCUGACCCUGUUUCCCUUUGGUCUCCUCCCGAAGCUGCUCUCACUUUCCGCGAUCUUACUUCCAGGAAAAUCUGCCUCGACCAUCUCCAGAACGCAGCCGGACCAACGUAACGGAAAAGCGAUUCCCCGCCAAAACGAGUGCCAACCCGCGAGCUCACCUGAGCUUCUGGGAAUAAACCACCGCGGGGUGAGCUUCAGACUACAGGGGGGUUUUAGCUAAUGAAACGAUGAUUCAGAUUUUUGUCUUUUUUUAAAUAUUGUUCUUAAAUCCUUCUUUAGAUCAGACGUUUUAAAGGAAGAGUUCAGUCAUUAUUUCAUCUUGCUCUAAUCGUUUUUUUCCAACUUAUUGAAGGGUUUUGUUAAGGUGAGUAAAACUGACGAAUCACGUUUUCCCUGAACUGUUCCUUUAAGACACCGAUCCAAACCAUCCGUAAUGCUUUUAAACGGUUCCAUUCAGACUCUGUGUGUCGUGCUAAACUCUUUUAAUGGCACGCGUCUUCGACGGUUUGCUGGGUUUGAUUGUCAGGGGUCACAAAGAAAUCAUACGAGUUUUACUUUCAUAUCCAAAAUUGUGGAGCGCCGCAGAAGAAAACGAGACGAGACUUCUGUACUUGGUGCUACGCUUUCGGUUUUCAUCACAUUUCUGUUCUUUUUUUUGUUGUGUUUCUACUGGAAAACUUGACUGAAAUAUUAUUAGAUCUACUGUAGUUUCUGCAGAUGCGCUUGUAGUUGUUUUGGUGUUGAGGUUACGGGGGCAUUUAGUGAAUAAAUUGCACAUUUAAUUGUAGUGAUUCAGGUUUGUGGUUUAGUCCUGAAUAGCUGGACUAAGCGUAUAAUAACACGGAAAUGAUCUCAAAUUUACUUAACUUCAUAUUUUAGAUUAAGUUGGUAAAUUACCAUAUUGGUAUGUGCUUAAAACUGUCUUUUUAAUGACUUACACUAAGAAUGGAAUUGAAGACUGGUGAAGCCUUACCUGUCGGUGUCCAGCAGAGGGCGCUGUCCCGCAGUGAUUGUUUGCGCAUGCGUGAAAGCGCAGAGCCGCUCCAGCGCAUCGAGGGCUUGCAAGAAAGUACAGCGCGUUUUCCUACAAAUUCAUUUGUAAUUUAGGGUUUGAAGGUGACCUGGGUUGAACUGGUUGUUGCUUGAACCGAGCUGCUCCCUCCAAAUGCGAAUAUGCAAACUAAUGCAAUUCUGUCUCACGAGAACGGCGUUUUGCCUACAAUUGAAAUGUAUGGAAAUAAAAGGUACUAACACAAGAAAA